AUGUCGUCCUCGGCGCUGAAAACCAUAGACACUCGGGAUGUGCAAUAUCUGCAUGCUGUCGUUGACAUGGGCAGCAACGGGAUUCGCUUCUCGAUCUCUGAUUUAUGCCCAGCUACGCAGAGAAUUAUGCCAACGGUUUUCCAAGACCGAGCCGGAAUUUCUCUUUAUGACGCGCAGUUCGGGUCAGAGGGUAGCACCAGGAGACCAAUUCCUGAUGAAGUCCGGGAUCAGAUUGUUUCACGGCUUUUGCGAUUCAAAGUGACGUGCGAGGACUUCGGGGUGCCAGCUGGAAAUAUCCAGAUACUCGCCACCGAAGCCACAAGAACUGCGCCAAACUCGGCUGAGUUCAGAGCAGCGAUCUACGAAGCCACAGGAUGGGAGAUAACCAUGCUCCCGAAAGAAGAGGAAGGCCGAAUCGGGGGACUAGGAAUUGCAUCCAGCCUGUCCCGCGUAGAGGGCCUGGUGAUGGAUCUUGGGGGCGGGAGCGUACAACUCUCAUGGAUGAUAUUCACGCACGAGAGUGCAGAAGUAGAAUCAUAUCCGGGCGGAUCUAUCAGUUUUCCGUAUGGGGCGGCUGCUUUGACAAGGAGACUGGAUGAAGCACAAAAGAAUGGCGCAGACGCCGUACGACAGCUCAAGGACGAGAUGCUACACUGCUUUCGAGGCGCUGUCGCUGACCUUCAGCUUCCGCCCAGUUUACAGGCAAAACUGGAGGGAGAUGGUGGGCUUGAUCUCUAUCUUAGCGGAGGAGGAUUUAGGGGUUGGGGAUACUUACUCCUCAGCCAAUCACUCAUCAACCCGUAUCCGAUUCCAAUUCUGAACGGAUUCAGCGCCGACAGAUCGCAGUUUCUUGAUACAUCCGCCGUCAUCAAUACCCUGAGCUCAGAGUCUACGAUAUAUGGCGUCUCGGCUCGUAGAGCGACGCAGGUGCCGGCUGUGGCAUUUCUCGUCAACGUCCUGGCAGAGACCAUUCCAUCGAUAAAGAAGAUACAUUUUUGCCAGGGAGGAGUCCGCGAAGGCAUACUAUUUGAUAAGCUACCACCUCAGGUACGACGGAAUCACCCUCUAGUCGAGGCGACGUCCCCAUUUAAAACCAGAUCUGCUUCGGAGAUAGCUCUUCUGCUGCGGCAAGCGAUCCCAGACACCAAUGCUGCAGGAAACCCCUAUGCACCGCCACCGACAAUCACGACGACUGGGUUUAUUGAAGCCCUCGCAAAUUCCAUGUAUAUCCAUUCCUCGGUCCCGAGAGAGUCGUACGCAGCCGCGGCUCUACACUCGACGACUACAGGAAUCAUUGCAUAUGCACACGGCCUCUCACAUGCAGAUCGGGCCAUGUUAUGUCUUGCCCUAUUUGACCGGUGGACAGGCGAUGUAUCUCCUUCUGAUGAAAGAUUUCUGCAGAGACUCCGAGAAAUACUCACCAUGCAAGAGGCAUGGUGGUGCCAAUAUAUUGGUCGCGUCGCAGGCCUCGUGGGCAGCAUUUACCCAGCAGGAUUCAUUGGAAGCCACACCCGAAUUUCCUUCAUGGCCAGGUUAUCCCAUCGUCAAACUAAGAAGGGCAUCACCAAGCAUUUACUGAGUUUAGUGGCCAAUAUUCCAGAUUCAAAGAACCCGUCCUUUGACAGUGACUCCGUGGCGGCGGGAUUAAAGAAGAUUAAGAGGACGGGGAAGAAAGGCGAGUAUAUACGUAGCAGCGAACGAAUUGGAUUGCCGCAGCCGGGGGAAGAAGACUGGCGACUGAAAGUCGAGACAGACAUCUACUGUGUUUGA